CUUGAGCAGUCUCUCUCUCUUUAUUAUUUCAUUUUCUCUCUCUAUAUCUGUCUCUAUUAUUUAUAUCUAUCUAUAUAUAUACACACGACUCCUCCAUUCUCAGUCGGUUCGGUUGCAGUCUAUAUCACUGCUCUACGGAGUCGAUAUUAAUAUUAACUAUAAUCGCCAAUCUUUGUCAUCUUCUUCACUGAGAAAUUGCAGCCGUAGAUUCCUAAUCCCUUUCUCUGUUCAUCACUCUUCUUCUCCAGACUGCUUUUACCCCAUUUCUAGGGUAGUAGAUAGAUCCGCUGGUUGAGGUAUUUCAACAUUUAUGUCUGUGAAAUCUCCCUUGAACCUCUGUUUUUCGAUUAACACAUCUUCUUCACCUGUUUCGAUGCGUUUGAGGAUUUCAUCUGGAUUCAAGUGUUUUGGUGGAUUUCAUCAUAUAAAGCGAUUCUUCUAUCUCUUCUUGUUCUUAAGAGGGCCUUUAAUUUGACUCUCUAUUUCAGUUUCUUUCCGAUUUUUAGAUCUCUUCUCUUCUAUUCCAUUUUGUUUAUUCUCUUUCAAACUUACUGAAAAUGCCUUUACCGUUGAAGCGUUGUAAAUCUUCGAAAAAACCUAACAACAUUCCAUUUGGGGACGAAAUGAUGAGGAAAAUAAGAGUGAUUUGUUACGAUCCAUAUGCUACUGAUACGUCUGAUAUUGAAACUGAUGCUAAGAGAAUCGUUCGUGAGAUUACAAUCCCAUUUCGUGGUGUUUUUAAUCAGUGUAAAUCUACUGAUAUUGAAACGUCUUCCCAUGAUAGUAACCAUGAUUUAAAAGCUUUAUCUAAUAAGAAGAUGAAAAGGGUAUCAUCAGGGAAGAAGACGAUGAUGAAUUCAUCAAAAUACAGAGGAGUUAGACAAAGGAGAUGGGGAAAAUGGGCUGCUGAAAUACGAGACCCGAUUCAAGGUAAGAGAGUAUGGCUUGGAACUUAUAACACUGCUGAAGAUGCAUCAAAUGCUUACAAUAAGAAACGCCUUGAGUUUGAAUCAAUGGUUUCUGCUGGAAACCGUCCCGGCUUAUCUUCUCCGGCGACUAUCUCCGACGAUUCCUUUAACAGUAACAAUAUCUGGGUUUCUGCUUCCGAGACUGAUAAGGAUGAUUUUGCAGAGGAUCUUGCUCUAGAGCUAAUGGGUUUUGAUGAUCUUGAUCUGCCGAAAUCUGUUAAUGAUUCUGCUUCUGCUGCUGCUGUUGUUGAUGCUGAUGGGUUCAUUGAAGAACCUCUUGGUGUUCAAUUUGGUGACGAAAUGGGGUUCGAUUCGAUGCUGUUAACUGAUUUCGGGCCUUUGUUUGAUGAUUUUGGAGAUGUUUGUGACAUGAAUCUUGGUGGGUUUGAAGAUUGUGAUGAGGCGAAUGAUCUUCUUCCGGUUUUCGAUUUUGAGAUUGGGAAUGAUGAACUUUCAUGGGCUGAUUGUGAAAACUUGAAUAUCGCAUGCCUUUAGAAGUUUUGGUAGUUAUUAUUAUUAUUAUUAUUAUUAGGUUAUAUAUAUAUUAUAUAUAUAGUUGUUGAAAUAGAUUUUGUGAUCUCAAGAACAUGAUGAAAUUUGUUGUUCUUGAGAUUGGUAAGUUUUGUUUGGUGUUUUUUUGAUAAUGAGUCUGAAAUUUCCGUUUUAGAAAGAAAGAGAGUCAAAUAUUUGUUCUAAUUACUAUUAUAAUUUCUAUUAGUAAAAAGAAAAGUUAAUGUUAUUAAUGAAUGCAGUUAUUUUUGUAUGGAAUUUACUUUUGUUAUU